AUGUAUUCUACUCCAAACUCGUCGUCAAACUACACGAUGAACCGCUGGGGUUUCGACACCCAUAUGCACAGUAACUUACACUGUGAUUCAAAAUAUUCGAACUUGCUACACCAGCACAACCACUAUCUUGAAUCGGAUCUCAAGCAGAACAACCAUGGUGCAGAACACGCGGAGGAUGAACACAGCAGUGCACCCUUCAACUUUUCUUGGCUAUCCCAUUUGCCUGGUUUUUGGGUGACGGAUCUCAUGGCGACUCACGUUCAGGAAGAGACUCAUCAACGUAUUAAUGGAUCCCUGAUUCCCGACGAAAAGGACGAGCACCGUCCACAAUAUAUGGUCAAGUAA